AUGGCUUUUUUGAAUGCUCUUAACGGAUCAUUAACAAAUAUUCGAGUAAUUGGCCUGGGAUCAGUUGAUGGUAAUGGAUGGAAAUUAGCUUCUAAUGCUAUAGAUGAACUUGGCAAACAAAUUCCUGUAUAUGUAAAGGGUUCGCCUAGCACAGUUAAUAACCUAGGUAUUUUGGCUGCGAAUCAAGUACAAUCACAUGGGAAUAACUAUAAUUCUCGAUCAAGACUUGCAAAUUUUAAUUUUGUCACAAAUUUACAUAUUGGAGGAGGAAUUACAUUUAUCAACCCUUCAAUGACUACAGUAGGGCUUGCGGAUAGCAAAAAUGUUUCAAUAAUCAGUGUUAGAUUCCAAACAUAUAAUAUAAAUAAUUGUGAUGGUAUAGACAUUGGUAGAAGUUCAAAUAUCCAAAUAAUUGGAAGCUUCUUCGAUACAGGCGAUGAUUGUAUUGCAAUGGGUACUGGUUGUGGAAGUAAUGCUGGACAGGGGGCUCCCGUCCAAUGUAUACUAAUUAAAAACAACUAUUUCCGACAUGGACAUGGAGCACCUGCUUUUGGAGGCAGCGCCGGGGAUGGAAUUAUAAAUGUACUUGUUGAGGACAAUGUAGCAUUUUUAACUGACAAUGGCAUUCGUUUUAAAAGUUCUCCACAAUGUGGUGGUGGUGCUCAAAAUGUUUAUGCUCGUGACAUUGCAAUGCUUAGUGUUGGCUCUUACAAUAAUUUUACUUUUGGUGGUCGCCAAUUUAGUGGAGAUACAACUGCUGGACACCCUUUCGUUUUUAUGUUAGAUUAUGAUUCCAAUCCUUCUGGAAAUGCAAAAAUACCUGCACAAUUUAAAGAUAUCACGAUUACUCGUUGUAGUGUUGAUAAUAUAAAGCCUACAAAAAGUGGAGAAAUUCUUUAUGUGGUAGGACAUGAUGGAGGAAAUAUUUAUCAACCAGUUUAUAACAAAAAUAUUACAUUUAAAAACAUUAAAGUAAUUAAUGCAGCACCAGCACAAAUAAAAUUACUCGACACUGGUAUUUUUAAUACAUUUACUUUUACAAAUUUUGGCGGUAACGACCCUUGGUCAAUUACUAAAUCUAAAGAUGUUCAAUUUAUUAAUGUACCCACAAUGAAGUUAAAUAAACUAAAUUUUGCUUGA